AAUUAUUCAGUAACUUUUUCUCUAACAGGGGAUUCUAUAAUAGAUUCUUUUUAUGUUUCUACCAAGAGCGUAACAACUUUGGUCUUCGUAGUCGGGGAUUAGUUGUAGUAGCAUAGAAUGGAAUGGGAACGCUCCAUCAUGUUCUACAUACCGGUGCCAGGCCAAUUGGCCUGUCCGAGUUUGUGGACGCCGUGCGCGCCACCUGCCCCCCUCGCUUCACCCACCAGGGGAGCACGCAGCCUAGGCGAGUUGCCUUAGCCAUAAGCGGCGGGGUCGAUUCCAUGGCCCUAGCCUCUCUCUGUUCCAGGGUCCGUAAGUUCGCCCCCAAAUUCCAGGUCUCCGAUAACCCGGUGAGCGGGUUCCGGGGCAUGGUCGUCGACCACCGGCUCCGGGAGGGGUCUUUCGAAGAAGCCAAUGCCGUGUGCAAGACUCUCCAAGACAUGGGAUUCCUGGCGGAUGUGAUCCAGAUUAACUGGUCCAGGGUUUUGGGCAAUUACAGCCACCCCAAGGAACUGCCUAAUUUUGAGAGUGUCGCACGUGCGCUUCGCUACGAGAGGCUCGGAUAUAUGUGCGGUUAUCGUAAACUCGCCAGCCUCUUCCUUGCGCACCACGAGGAUGAUCAAUACGAGACCGUCCUCAUGCGCCUGUUGCAGGGACACGGCAGUCGCGGCCUGCGCGGCAUGAAGAAAGCUCACGAUAUCCCCGAAUGCGACGGCAUGUUUGGUGUCCAUCAAAGUGGUUAUGUGGAUGAUCAGAUGAGCGAGUGGCCCUUCUACAGGGACACGCCGUCGGCCAAGGUUCGCAAGCAUUUGCGCGAGGCCAUCAAAGCCGACUUCCGUUCUAUGGAUAACCAGGACCCCGAGGCUGAGGCUGAGUCUGAGUCUGAGGUAGAGGUCGAGCUGGAAGAUUUUUAUCACAAAACGCAAUACGCGUCGAUCGAACCUAACGACAUCCGCAUCGAAGAUGGCGGUGUUAUGGUGUACAGGCCCCUGCUGGAGUUCAGCAAAGACCGGCUCGUCGCGACUUGUCUAGAGAACAAUGUUCCGUGGUGGGAAGAUUCUACUAACCAAGACGCUACCCUCACGAUGAGAAACGCCGUUAGAAAGCUAUAUAAGGGCUACACCCUCCCCAAGGCCCUCCAGAAGCCGUCUAUUUUGGCUCUUUCGAAGCGGUGCGAGCGGAGGGUUCAAGCGCUGGAGGCCGAGGCCGAUAGGCUGUUGCGCCAAACCAUCAUCCACGACUUCGAACUACACGCCGGGACCGCGAUAGUCCAAUUUCCGAAAUACGAAUCCGCCAUAACGAGGCGGGACUCGCGAUCCCCGCUACGCCGCAAAGCGCGCCUAUCGCGACGAAGAGAGAUCGCCGCGAUCGUCCUGCGCAAGAUCCUCAUGCUCGUGAGCCCGGAAAAGCAGGCGCCGCAUAUCCCAACCCUCGAGAACCACGUCUGGCGGCUUUUCCCAUCUCUCGCCGACCCGGGAAACGCCGCGCAGGCGGGCGAGCCCAAAGCCUUCAGCUUAUGCGGCGUCCUCCUCGCUCCUAUCACGCCCGAGUUCCCCCAGGGGAGCUCCGCCGCCGCCUCCGCCGCGAACGCUAGCAAUGAGCGACACAUGCAGCAGCUGACCUGGCACCUCUCGCGCGCGCAUUACCCGUCCACGCAGCCCGUGCCACGCGUCCGCACGCCGUACUGGGCCAUGAUAAACCACACGCCGACCUUCCUCCAAUCGUCGCGCGCGCAGUGGAUGCUCUGGGACGGGCGAUACUGGUGCCACGCAGAGCACCGGUUUCCGUACCGAGUAAUCGUGCAGCCCUUCCUCGCCGCGCACUCAAAACCAUUCCGCGCCUUACUCUCCCCAACCACGCGCGCCCUCCUCGACGCCCGCCUAAAGCGCUACGCCCCGGGCAAAGUUCGGUACACGCUCCCCGGCCUCUACCUAGAAGAGGACCUGGACCUGUCGCGGCCGAUGCGCGACGUCGCCCCUCGCCGCGGGUACCCGGACCCGAUCGCGUGGGAGUACGUCAAGGGCGGCGGGGCGGGCGACGACGGGCGCGGCGCCGACCGUGGCGUCGCGCAGGAGGGGGAGAGGAGAGAUCAAAGCGAACACCCGCGCGUACCCGAUAGUUCGAAGAUGAAGCUCCUUGCGUUGCCGACCCUGGGGAUCCAGAUCCCUGGUCUUGAUGAGUGGAUCGAGUACGAGGUUCGCUAUCGCAAGGCGGAUCGCGAGAUUUUGGGGUUGGCGGGGUCGUGGGAUAGGGGUUCUUUUGGGGCGUUUGGGCCGCUUGGGAAGAAGAGGGGAAGGGUGAUGAGGGUAAAGAGGAGGGUGAGAAUAAAGGCUAGGCGAAAGGGGAAGAAGGUAUCGAGGUUGAGAACGUAGACUAGGCAUUGUAUAUAGCUCCGCUCUAUGAAAACUUACCUGCUUUCACUCUGAUACUCGAGUUAUGCGAGAUAUCGAUGUACAAUAAUAACUCACCUCGUCUAGUUAUCCUACAAUGUACAUUAUUCAAAUCCUCCAAUACAACAAGCGGCAUCUACAUAUAGAGAGAAAUUAAUUCUCCUAUAUUAAUUAAUCACCAAUUCAUUCA